AUGUCCAACGUCACUCUCGUCUCGCACCCCAUCGUUCAGAGCAAGAUCUCCGAGCUGCGCAACUCGCAGACCUCAUCGCACCGCUUCCGAGCCCUCAUCAAAGAGAUCACGACCGUGUUGGGCAUCGAGGCGACGCGGGAUCUGCCGUUGAAGGAUGUGCAAGGACUCCAAAGUCCUAUCGACAGCUACACCGGCAAGGCUAUCGCGCCCAAAAUCGGCUUGUCGCCCAUCCUUCGCGCAGGAAUCGGCAUGACUGAUCCCAUGCUCGACCUCUUCCCCGACGCAUCCGUCUUCUACCUCGGCCUCUUCCGCGAAAAGGUCUCCCUGCAGCCCGUCGAAUACUACCAGAAACUCCCGCCUCAGCCUACUGUCGACACUCUGUACCUUCUCGACCCGCUUGUCGCGACUGGCGGCACGGCCAUCGCGGCCAUCUCCAUCUUGCUCGACUGGGGCCUCGACAUCUCGCAAAUCAAGCUCCUUUCGAUCCUCGGAUCCAAGCCUGGGCUGGAAAAGGUCGCCGAGGCGUAUCCAGGACUGCAGAUCUUUACUUGCGCGGUAGACGAGGUCCUCACGGAAGAUGGCUACGUCCGGCCAGGCGUCGGCGACACGGGCGACCGCCUCUUCAACACCAAGUAG